GGGUUCAGAUCAGAUUGGUACAGAUCAGAUCUGGAGCAGGAUGGUAGGGCUGCAUAUUGACAGGAAGAGUUACAGAAAAUCUAUACAAUUCUAAAUCCAGCAAUUUUUUUCCCUACUGAAGAGAAUGCAAAAACAACUGUGAGAUUUGUGUUACUUUAUGAUUGAAAAACACUGAGUAGGUUUGAAAGAUUGCUGAUUUAAAGACAUCAAUGUGGAGUAUAAAUAGUUUCUGAAACAGAUACUGACAACUUCAAAGGAAAAUGAAGUUCUUUCUGUUGCUUUCCGCCAUUGGGUUCUGCUGGGCUCAGUAUUCCCCAAACACUCAAAAAGGACGGACAUCUAUAGUCCAUUUGUUUGAGUGGCGCUGGGUUGACAUUGCUCUGGAAUGUGAGCGCUACUUAGCUCCCAAUGGAUUUGGAGGGGUUCAGAUCUCUCCACCCAGCGAAAAUGUUAUAAUUAACAGCCCUUUUAGACCUUGGUGGGAAAGAUACCAACCAAUUAGCUAUAGAUUAUGCACAAGAUCUGGAAAUGAAGAUGAAUUCAAAAACAUGGUGACCAGAUGUAACAAUGUUGGCGUCCAUAUUUAUGUGGAUGCUGUAAUUAACCAUAUGUGUGGAAAUGGUGUGAGUGCAGGAACAAGCAGUACUUGCGGAAGUUACUUCAACCCUGGAAGCAGGGAUUUUCCAGCAGUCCCUUAUUCUGGCUGGGAUUUUAACGAUGGUAAAUGUAAAAGUAGAACUGGAGACAUUGAGAACUAUCAAGAUGCUUCUCAGGUCAGAGAUUGUCGUCUGGUUGGUCUUCUUGAUCUUGCAUUGGAGAAAGAUUACGUGCGUUCCAAGGUUGCUGAAUACAUGAACCAUCUCAUCGAUAUUGGUGUAGCAGGCUUCAGACUGGACGCUUCCAAGCACAUGUGGCCUGGAGACAUUAAGGCCGUUUUGGAUAAACUGCAUAAUCUAAACACAGCUUGGUUCCCUGAAGGAAGUAAACCUUUCAUUUUCCAAGAGGUAAUUGAUCUGGGUGGUGAGCCAAUUACAAGCAAUGAGUACUUUGGCAAUGGUCGCGUGACAGAAUUCAAGUAUGGUGCAAAACUAGGCACUGUUAUUCGCAGGUGGAAUGGAGAGAAGAUGUGUUACUUAAAGAACUGGGGAGAAGGUUGGGGUUUCAUGCCUUCUGACCGAGCUCUUGUCUUUGUGGAUAACCAUGACAAUCAACGGGGACAUGGAGCUGGAGGAUCUUCUAUUCUCACGUUCUGGGAUUCUAGACUGUAUAAAAUGGCAGUCGGGUUUAUGCUUGCUCAUCCUUAUGGAUUUACACGAGUCAUGUCAAGCUACCGUUGGCCAAGAUAUUUUGAAAAUGGAAAAGAUGUUAAUGAUUGGGUUGGGCCACCAAAUGAUAAUGGAGUAAUUAAAGAAGUUACUAUUAAUCCGGACACUACUUGUGGCAACGACUGGGUCUGUGAACAUCGGUGGCGUCAAAUAAGGAACAUGGUCAUCUUCCGUAACGUAGUUGAUGGCCAGCCUUUCACAAACUGGUGGGAUAAUGGCAGCAAUCAGGUGGCUUUUGGAAGAGGAAACAAAGGAUUUAUCGUCUUUAACAAUGAUGACUGGUCAUUAUCUUUAACUUUGCAAACUGGCCUUCCUGCUGGCACGUACUGUGAUGUCAUUUCUGGGGAUAAGAUUAAUGGCAAUUGCACAGGAAUUAAAGUCUACGUGUCCAAUGACGGCAAUGCUCACUUUUCUAUCAGCAACUCUGCCGAAGAUCCAUUUGUUGCAAUUCACGUUGAAUCUAAAUUGUAAAAUUCAAAUAAAAUAGCCAUACUCAAGAUCAAUAA